GGAUUACGUGGGUUGUUUUUUUUUAACGUGUGAGGUACAUUGGUUAGCUUGCUAUCGAAGAAUAAAGUGACCAGUAUAAAAGUUAUCUAAAGGAAGCAAUUUCAUGAUGGCUUUGCAGGGCUCUGAGGAGAUAGAGGAGCAACUCGCAGAGCCUGAAGAGGUUGGAGACGAGGAUGUGAGCAUCUCUCCAGCUGAAGAAAUAACAUUAACCGUCGGGCCUGGAGGAGAGGAGGACACGGACCCGCUUCUCCUCCCGUGGGAUCGCUUCUCUGCCUGGCUACACUGUAUCUGUGUCGUCGGGUUUGAUCUAGAACUCGGCCAGGCGGUGGAGGUCAUCUACCCACACCAUUCAAAACUAUCCGAGAAGGAGAAAACAAGUAUCUGCUACUUGUCAUUCCCAGACUCCAACUCAGGUUGUCUAGGGGACACACAGUUCUGCUUCCGUUUCCGCCAGGCCUCAGGCAGGAAGUCUUCUCUGGGAUGUUUUCUGGACCAGUUUGACCGUGACGCCCCAGUCUGCCUGAAGAGGGACCAAGGCCAUUACUAUGGUUACGUCUACUUCAGACAAGUCCGGGACAAGUCACUCAAGAGGGGUUACUUUCAGAAGUCCCUGGUCCUUAUCAGCAAGCUUCCCUACGUCACGUUCUUCCACUCCCUGCUGAAGCUCGUCGCUCCAGAGUACUUUGAGAAGCAGGAGCCAUGUCUGGAGGCUGCCUGCAACGACAUCGACCGCUGGCCCACUCCUCACCCAGGGAAAAUUUUGGUCCUCCCUAUAAUGGGUACAGUUAUGAAGGUUCGGAUCCCAACAUGUUACGACAAGCCUGGAACCUCUCAGCUGGUACAGUCCACACAGAAUGACAACCUGGUGUCCAUAGUCCUCCCCACGGUCCACGAGGUAGACUUGUUCACGUGUUUCCACCCAGUCUUCUUCCACAUUCAGAUGUUAUGGGAGCUGGUGUUGCUAGGAGAGGCUCUGGUUGUCAUGGCACCAUCACCGGCAGAAUCUUCCGAUACUGUUCUGGCAUUGGUCAGCUGCAUCUCUCCACUCCGCUACUGCAGUGACUUCAGACCGUACUUCACCAUCCACGACAGCGAGUUUAAAGAGUACACCACCAGAACACAGGCCCCGCCAUCUGUGAUUCUUGGUGUGACCAACCCGUUCUUUGCGAAGACCCUCCAACACUGGCCUCACAUCAUCCGUAUUGGAGACAUGAAGCAGGCUGGAGAGACUGUCAAGCAGAUGAAGGUGAAGAAGCUGAAGAACCUGAAGACACUGGACUCUAAACCAGGUGUCUACAGCGCGUACAAGCCCUUCCUCAACAAAGAUGAGGAUAUCAUUAAACAACUUCAGAAGGGUGUGCAACAGAAACGUCCCUCGGCGGCACAGAAUGCCAUCCUACGACGGUACUUCCUGGAGCUGACGCAGAGCUUCAUCAUUCCACUGGAGCGCUAUGUGGCCAGUCUGAUGCCUUUACAGAAGAACAUCUCUCCUUGGAAGAGUCCUCCACAGCUGAGACCCUUCCUCCAGGAGGACUUUAUGAAGACUCUGGAGAAGGCAGGUCCUCAGCUCACCUCACCGCUCAAAGGAGACUGGAUGGGACUCUACAGACAGUUCCUGAGGUGUCCUAACUUUGACGGCUGGUUCAGAAAUCGCAGGAGAGAGAUGAUGAAAAAACUAGAGGCCCUUCACCUAGAGGCUGUCUGUGAGGAGGAUCUGCAGGUGCGUGUCCAGCAACACACUGAGGUGGAGACUGUGGACCUCGUUCUCAAACUCAAAGACAAACUGACUCAGGCAGAGAGAGAGCAGCUUCCUCUGAGGCCGGGGACGUUGACUAAACUACAAGCCCACAUCGACUCUGUCAUCCUGUCUUUGCCUGAUGAUCUACAGGGAAUCCUGCACAAGCCCUCCACACCCUGACCUCUGACCCUGACUUCUGACCUCUAACCCCUGACCACUAAUCAUUGACCUAUAACCCCUGGGGGAGGAGGAAGGGAGGCCCAAGGAAGGACUGCUCCAGUCUCAUCAUUGGAACUGUGGAUUUUUAAGAUUUUUUUUUUUUUAAAGUGCACUUCACCCUUUAUCUAUGUGUGACUGAGCCACCUCCAACCUCUCUCCACCUUCAUGUGCAAUGCUGGCAUUGCCCCCCAAAAAAAUCCACUGAUGAUUAUUGAUUAUGCAACCAGUCAGAAAGCCAAUUAGUGGUUUAUUCCUCAGAGAUAUAACGUCUGUGCUGUAGUGAAUCAUGUGUCUGUGACACAUGUCCAUAAAGGUUGGCAGAUUUUCUAAAACAGUUUAAUCUGUGUCAGGAAAACCUAAACCUUUAGUCUAGACUUUUUAAAAACAGCCUUGUUUGGAUUUCUAUGCUGCGCUGAUAACUUAACACUGCAGUUACAAUAGACAAAUUGUGAUAUACAGUUUAAUUGUCAACAAUACUCGAACGUUAUGAAAGGUUGCUGUGCUGUUGUAUAAAUGUUGAAGACAUGGCGACAUGAAGAGCUGUAUUGUAUAGCGUCACUAUACACUUAUUGGACAAAACAUUAGGAACACCUUCCUGAUGUUGAGUUGCACCCCCUCAGAACAGCCUUAAUUCGUCAGGUCAUGGACUCUACAAGGUGUUGAAGGCGUUCCACAGGGAUGCUGGCCCAUGUGGA